AUGCCGCUGAUUCGGGCUGAGAACAAGAGGCUGAACAAGGCGACGGACGCGGUGGAGAGAAGGGGACCGUACAUCAUGAGCAAGCCUCCCUCCCUUCACGCCAAGCUCCGUAAGUCGGUGAAAUUUAAGAAGGGCUACGCGGCGCUCAGCCAGACGGCAGAUGAGAACCUGGUCUCCCUGGAUUCAGACAGUGAUGGGGAGCUGGGAUCCAGAUGUUCCUCGGGCUACUCCUCCGCCGAGCAGGUGAACCAGGACCUGAGCCGGCAGCUGCUGCAGGACGGGUACCACCUCGACGAGGUCCCCGAUGACGAAGAUCUGGAUCUCAUCCCCCCGAAACCCGUCGCCUCCUCUUCUUGCCCCUGUUGUUUCGGAGAAAAUCUCUCCUGCGUGAUCCAGUAA